AUGGAUGACCUUCUCAGUGUGAAGGCGGUUGAGAACCGCGAGGAGCUUGCGGUUUCCUUGCCUCCAAAGUACGUGAAGACACUGUCGCCGGCCAAAGAUGUAGAGGACUUGUCACAGAAAAGCAAGAUAACUUCUCCGGAAGAAGUGCUGCAAGUUCUCAGAUCGUCUCCAGAGAAGGACCGUGUUGUUCAAGUCUUGAACUUCCUUGAUCCUAUUCGAACAAAUGCAGAUGGUUUCAAUAUUACUACUCCAAGUCCAGUAGCAGCUCAAAUUCUGCACUCUCUGGUCACGAUAACUAUUCCCGACCAUUGGAGUAGCCUAGGGAGUCAGAAUGAUACGGAGACACUCCCGGAAGGGGCCCGCAAAAUUAACCCAAAAGCUGCAUUGCUUAGGUGUUUGAGCAGUGUGGCUGGAAUCGGUGUCCUUGUUGCGCAGCUGCGCUCGUUGCUUGCCAAACAGGAUUACCCCCAAGGCGAUAAGAGCUCUGGUAAUAACCUGGCUGUCAGAGACCUUAUAACGGUCUUGUCAUCCGUUCUAAAACCCCUCGAUUUGGUAUUUGGUAUCUACGUGAACAUUUUGAAAACCAUCCAAUCGCCAACCCAAAAGCAGAUCCUGUGGAAGGAACUCAUUUCCCUGCUCGCUGCGGGCAAGGUGUUGUCAAUUGCUUCUGAAGGCUUUCGAGCCAUCAAAGACCUGAAGACACCUAGUUCGAUACACUGGAUUGGAGAGGGCAGCUCGUAUUCUAUGUGGCUCGGGCGAUGUAUUUGUCAUAUGACCUCCAACAUCCAAAUAACGGAUUCAGACGCAUGUAGUUAUCUGGCUCAGUUUACGACUAGGGCAUUGAGUCUCGGCUAUACAGACCAGCUUGUACAUGAGCUAUAUGAUGGCUUGCUUCUUCAGGGGGAUGCCUUGUCAGAUCGGUUUGGUAUCCUUUUAGAUAAUCUGCGACGCCAUCACCUAAUAUUAGUUUUCAAGUCGGUAUUGCAUGACCUGGAAAAGAGCUAUCUCCGCCCAUUUCUGAGUGAGGCAGAAAGUCCAUUGGGCGAUCCCGAUAAACAAAAGCUCAUCAGCGGGAUCGCAGCCCUUGUAGCGUUGAUGGUCCGUGAUCGUGACUUUCUAAGAGCCCAGUUGAACGAAUGGCUUGCAUCGGGGUUAGAGGUGAAUAUUGGUGGGAUCGACUUUCGCCGUGCGCUCUUGGCGUCAUAUGGAAACCAACAAGAGCCUCUACUGGAGAUAUUGGGAAAGGCUCUGGAGAUAUUCGGCGAUAAGCUUUACAUUAAGCAUACACCAACGAGUGGACAAGAAGCCAAUACGCAGGUCAUCCUUUUGGCAGCCGGAUAUGUCUGUCGGCUCAGCACAGAUCUUCUCCGGCCCAUCACACAAUCAGGGACAUACCUAAACGCAAUCUCCAAUCGUAUCGCAGCCUCUUCACCACGAGCACGCUUCCUCGGGAUGGUCGUUGGCAUGUCCCUAUCGAAGCUCGUCGAUCUCCCAGGAAAGGAAAUGAAAUUCGAUAUUGAAGAGAUGGAAGGCGAAGAAGCAAAGUGGUAUAUGAGCCUACCGAAUGUAGAAGAUGGAAUCGGUUCUAUCGAUGACCUAAAACACAGAGACCCUCAACCGGCUCCUAAAAUGCCAAAACGACAUGUAUCAAAGGUUCUUACGAAUAAGCAGCAGGUACCAAGUCAAGCAACCUCAAAAAAUCUUUCUAUUGAGGAGAUAUCCGAGGAAUCAGGAGACGAUGACUUCCUCCCUUACGAAAAGCCAGAUACGGAUCCUUCGGAUUCUGAAGACGAUCCAACACUGAUCAACCGAUCGAAACCUAGUGCUCCUGUAUAUAUACGAGAUUUAUUAGCUUGCCUGCGCGACACAGACAAUGCUGAGCGUUAUAACCUGGGGAUCUCUACUGCGCCGAUUCUUAUACGGCGCAAAGCGUCCUUUGGUACGGAAGUUGCGGAGAACUCUAAGGCACUCGCUCUGACUAUUACGAGUCUUCAGGACAAAUACAAUUUGCCAAAGUUUCAAGAGUACCAAUUACAAAGCAAAAUUGCAUUGAUGGUAGCUUACCCACUCACAAUGGGCCCGUGGUUCGUGUAUGCCCUUUUCAAUGCCGACCUAUCUCAAAGCCAGCGAUCAACAAUCCUCGUUGCACUUGGCCUCAGUGCCCGCGAACUAGCAGGGUUUGGGAAAGAAGACGCAGAAUCCAUGGGACUCUCUGCCGUUGCGAACUCUUCCUUCCCAUCGAAGCGGCUUCCUUCGAGUCUUGAGGCCAUCUAUAGCAAUGGAACCAACCCCAUUGGUGCUCUAUCAAAAAAACUUUCACAGGCUACCUUGCAACCUUUAGCUCUUCAUGCCGCAGACUCAUUGACAGGUCCGAACGCCUUGAAAGUCAGAACGUUCUCGUCACGCAUUGAAGUGGAGAAGAAGAGGCAGAUGAAAGAGCAGCAAAGACGACAAAAGGGCAUACCUGGAGAUCUACAUAAAAUUCUUUCCAAUGGUUUCUAUUUUCCUCUUACCAAUGCCUUCGGAACAACAAUGUAUUCCACUUCAUCCAGCAGCGUGCACAACCCAUUCCUAAUCCCCCAACUUCUUCAUCUCUUCAUUCAAACUGUUACUCUCAUUCUCUCAACUCUUGGACCAAAUGCUGUGAACCUGGCCACCCUUACCAAUGAAGCUCUCGCUCUACUCAUGGCUCUACACAAUCUACCAGUUGCAACGGAACCAACGGUGCUACCAACAAUCCUAUCCCUGUUUCUCGCCGUGGUAGACUUAAAUAUGUCUGCCGGCAGUAUUGGGGAGGAGAAACUAGUUACCGAAUUUGUGACGGAGGUGAUGGAAAUGCGUGAAUGGGUUGACGGUGUGUUUGAACGUGCCUCGAAAGAAGAUGAGGAGGUAAGGAUCCUGGCUGCCGGCAUCAUGGUCAAACUUGGGGUAGUUACAGAUAGGUAUCAGGGUCGAUUACUGGGGACGAAUCUUGGAUUUGAAUACUGA